AUAAUCUCAUUCAAAUCGACAAACCAACAAGAUAAAAAAUUGACAACAAAAAUGAAAUCUACAUUGAUUUUUUCAACAAUUUUAAUGGCCAUCAUUUUGAUCAAUCAAUUUGAUUCAAUUCAAUCGGCCAAUAUUAGAACUAAAAGAUCAAUUUGGGAUCUAAUAACACUUCCUAUAGAUUUAAUUCGAGUAUCCGACAAACUCUAUAGAGGAUGUGCUAAAAAUGAAGAUACAUCCGAUUCACAUUAUCGUGUAUUUUGUCAUGAUAUAAUGAAAGAAAUAUGGAAUAUUGAUGAUGAUUCAGAUAUCGAUGAUGAAACUUUGAAUUAUUGUUUAUUACCAUGCAAAGCUAUACAUUUUCUUUCUUUCUUUUUGAGAUUUUAAUAUUUUCGAAUUCAAAAAUGAUUAUUUGUUUUUAAUUAA